AUGGCUCACAAAACAACAUCCACAGUGCCGGAAACCGAGUCAGUGGUCUCCGUGUUUGUGCAACAAUAUGUGACGGAAGACAUUGUCCAUUAUCAGAAGGCCCUCAGUGCAGUCAUGGAAAUAUGCGGCCAGGUCCUUUCUGACCAUGGAAUAUCCCAUGCCAUAGGGUCCCGGCUCAAGAAACCAGCCAGUCUUGAAAACAAGCUUGCAGACCGUGAACGCAAGCGAGGAUUUCCCUACCAAGCCAUGGAAGAAAUCAACAACGAGAUCGUUGAUCUUGCUGGAGUGCGCAUCUUGGUGCACAUCCCGUCAAACCGAACAAAAGUCAGCGAGCUUUUGCGCGACGCCUUUGUGGUUAAGAAGAUGGUUAACCACCCGAAACAAGACGAGGUCAACGGAGCCCAGCAGGAGCAUCAAGGUUAUGUCGCGACCCAUCUCCAUGUCUCACUGAAAGAGGAGGGCCUUCGUGAUCGAGGGUUACAACCCAGUCAUGCGAAGCCGGUCGAAAUCCAAGUCAUAAGCACGGAACUGUGUGGAUGGGCGAACCUAGAGCAUGACAUAAUAUACAAGCCCAAGGGCAAACCACCGCUUGCCCAGGUCCAACACCUAGAAACAAUGCGGAUGAUUGCGAACUUGAACGAGAACAUGCACAGGCAAAUAGAAGAACAGCAAACCCAAAGAGCAGCGAAGGAGAACCGAUAUCUUCGAUCUGUGGAUGACGUCGGCUGGGUUCUUCAUAAGUGGCUCGAGGAGCACGAUCGGGCGUGGUUUCAUGGUCGAGAAGCCGGGUCAUGCACAUCGCUUUUCAUGUUCUUGAAAUCGCACAACAUAAACACUCGCGGAGAGUUGCGGCAAGUGCUUGAAGCGAGCUUUGGGUGUGAUUCUGAGGUCGUGUACUUGAGACUUGCAAGUGAAUAUCCGGCUGGCAGCUUGACUCUCGUUGUUUUCAUCAUGGACCGUCUGCUAUUGACGAAUGGUGGAAGUGGCGGUGUGGAUUUUCUUACUAGCGACGAUCAUCAGGUUCAUAUUUACAAAAUGCACGCGAUGAUGAGCACGUUCGUUUGGCUGGAUAGGCUCUUCGCCCCAGCUAUUACGUGGCAACAAAUAUUCGCGGAUCAGAAUCAGGAAUCUCUGCGAGAGGGUCUUUUUUUCCUCAACAGCGUUCGACAGGGCUUUUUCUUCGAUGGGAGUCUGCUUGGGCAGAAUGAUAUUGCUAUUACUGAUCGACUUUGGGACUGGUUUGAGCGUCAAGGAGACCGUCAGAUUAGGUUGACCUUUUCCAUUUCGAAAAAUGGGACGUUUAAAGACAGAAAGGAAGCGCGGAAGGUUAUUCAGCUGCUGAUUGCUGGGCUAAGUCACCGGAAUUGA